UAACAGUCAGUCAGAUUUUUGGCGUGUUCGUUGUAAGACGUCUUUUGACCUUGAAAUUGUAGUAGCGAGCUUCAUUCUGAUUAAUUCAGGGGAUUUUUUAGUAGAAGUGGUAAACAAUACUUCGUGAGAAACAAAACGUUUCUUUUAUUUUUAGAUGGAUAUAAAGAGGGAUUACCAAUAUUAUGUUGUGGAAUUUUCGGAUCCGCCAUACUGUGACAUCGAUCAAUAUGUUUGCAUUCCGGAUUCUUGGAUUCAGUUACGUGAAAUAGUGGAUCAAGCAGUUGUUACUAAAUUUCCCGUUGAAAAUUUAUCAAUAACAAAAAAACGUGUUAAGGAUGGUGAGGUUUUCUCAGAUGCUUGGUCAAUUUAUGUGGCCGAAGUUAAAUAUGGCACUGAUUCUUACGAAGACGCAGAAAAAUACAUCAAAACACUCACAGAAAAAUUAAUUAACAAACAAAGCAGUUCAGGGCCGGUCAAUAAUGACGAUGGUGUGUCGAAGAUAUUGAAAAGCUUACGAAGGUCCAAGCGAAUUCAGUCAAAUCUAAGUGUAAACAAACCUCAAGUAUCUGAAGCUCCAUCAAGCUAUAACAGAGAACCCGUAUCAGAACAGCUAGCAGCGAUCAGUACAAAAAUCGCAACUCAUAAAAAACAUACCAAUGGAGUUGCGACUAUUAACUCUGAUAAUGAGGUCGUAAAACAGACGGAUGCUUUAUCAGAAUCAUUAAAUGGCGAACAGCUGUUAUCAAAUACGGAACAUUAUCUGUAUGAAGUUACCGGUAGACAAGAAAACAACGAUGAAACAUUAAAUAAUGUUGAUUCCAUUGAAGAUGAUAAUGGUCCACAAAGCAUAGCAGGUAAUGAAUCACCAGUGAAUCAUGAUAGCCCGCAGUUAACAAAUAAAUCAUUAGAUGCUACAAUAAUUAGCGAACCAAUUUCGGAUACUGGCAACCCAGGUCAGAUUAAAAACGUCAGUGACCUUUAUUUUGAAGAAGGCUUAUUAUUCCUUGAUCAUACGUACGAUGAACUUGUUCAACACUGUACGUACUUAGAAAAACUGAUGGAUGGUAUAAAUAAUCGAUAUUAUAGUGGAAGUUAUGAUCCUUUGAAUACUACAAUAAAAGAUAAGGUAGCUCCGGUGGUAGAAGAGAUAGAACGUGAAGAAAAAGAAAUUGAAAAAAAAAGACAAGUGCUGAAACGAACACAAGCUGAAAUAGGAAUUAUCAAAAGAAGAGAAACCGAAAGAAACGAACAAGAAAUUGAUGAUAGUGCUGAUAAUGAUGAUGAGGAUGACGAUAAUAAUGAUGAUGAUGAUGAUGACGAUGGUAAUGAUAAUGAUGAUGAUGAUGAUGAUGACUAUGUGAAAAGAAAACGAUUUCAAUCUCGCACACUUACUUUACCACCUGAAUAUGAUAAAAAUGACUCAAAAUGGACCUUGAGGUAUCGUGAGUACGCACCAGGGCUUGUUGAACUUAUAGAACAUACAGGCGUGUAUAUCAAUGCUGUUAAACUCGUCAAUUGUAAAAGACUAGCCAAAAAUUCCAAAACACUAGCACGAUUAUUGUUAGUAGAAAUUUUUACAGAGAGUGCGUUGUAUACAUGUUCCUUAACUGGCGUUAGAGCUAAGGCAUUCGAUAUUGAUGGGACACAUGUAAGGCCUGGAUUGGAUGAAAAUGCAAGAACUGUUUUAUUGACUUACGUUGAACAGUAUGCCCAAGCCAAUAAGUGGCCUAAAACAGCCAAUCAGUCUAUUUUAAACAGUAUACGUAAUAAAAUGCAAGAAAUUAGAUUCAAAUAUAAUAAAUGAAUGUAUUUAUAGAUUAUAUCAAUAUUUUAUUGUUACAAAAGCUUACGGGUAUUAGUAUUAGUUUAUUUAAUCAAUUUUCAAGGAUUCAUUAGCGUAAGUUGAUAAGAUUUUUCCGCCUACUAAUUGACGUGUAUCAUAUUAUACAUGGAAAUAUAAGAAUCAUAAUAUAUUGUGUUUUUUUCCUCCUCAUUUUACUCUAACCACUAAUUAAUACUCGAAAUAAGUCUAAUUAUCCUUAAAUGGAAUUAAUCAGCAGCUGCCAUUCCACUCAACUGUCGACAACAAGUUAUAAGAAUACCAAUUUAUUUCAUUCCCAAUCGGGAACUGAUCACAUAAAAUCUAGUGGUAGAAAAUCAAAUCAUUAUUUAGAGGGCACAUUUAUUGCCUUUACAUUAGUAUAUGUAACCAACUCCAUCAUCAUAUGUGUGUCUUUAAGUAAAAAGUACACCCGAGUCGAAAUUUGGCCCUCAGUUCUAUCUCAAAUAACCAAUUUUGCUAUGGUUGUGCAGAGCCAUUGAGAAUGAAAUUACAUAAAACUUUGCUCCUCAUUCGACUCUCAGUGCUGUAUAGUUAUCGGACAAAAUACUAUAGUGAGGUUGAAAUGAGGGCGAAAUUUUGAGCCCCAUAAACCCCUUUUCCCUCCAUCCUGUUUUAUUUACUUCCCUGAUUGAAAAAUCCACUACAUUCUUAUAGCUGUAUGUACAAAAUAUUUAUUGGUGCGCAUCGUUUGAUAGUUACGAUUACAAUGGAAAAUUCUUGAUUGUUGAUGAGUAAUUUAAUAAAAUAUAUGUUUUUUCAUAAAUAACAAGUUCCAAGUUACAUUACGUUUGUAUACCACAUCAUUGCUUUUUCGUUAUUGAUUAUUGCGUCAUCCAGAAAAGAGACGAAGCGAGAUACUCUGUCGCACGUACGCGCCCACCCACAAAAAAACAACCUUGAACAGUCUACUGGGUGUUGACCGAAUUCAUUAUCGGGCGCGGCGGCGAACGCUGGCGUUGUUUUCAGAAGCUCAUAAAUAAUUGAUUAAAAUAAAUUCUGAGUAUUUACAACUGUGAUCUGGGCGUCAUCAAUCCAACUACUGUUGUUUGUGUGGAGGUAAGUGUUUCAGUUUUUUUUCUUAAAUUGAAGCCCUUUUGACUUAAAAUAAGUGUAUACAGUGGAAUUUUUGUAACUUUUACACCUCCUUACUCUCAAUUCCCUUCAUUUCUAUCAAUAAAGUGGGAAAAAUAUCCGUGUACUGUCAUGCAUUCUCUACCUCUUAUUUAUGGAAUUUUGAGCCUUUCGUUGUCAAAGUUUAUGAGCUUUCCCUACGACAAAAAACCAUAGAGUUUGUAGCCUUGAAAAUAGAACGAAUUGAAUUAUGCAUCUUAAAAUAUAACAUUUGUUUUUGAAUUGAAUAUGAGCACUUCUUUUUAGACUCCAUGAGGGUUUUCAUUUCUUACGACACCGAUAUGCAAUAACAUUAUAGUCGAGAAGAUAAUUGAGGCACUGUUUGGGUGUUUUGCGUCUAUAUUUAUACGAAAAACGUAAUACUUGUUUAUCAUUUGAUUUUGUUAUGACUCGGUCGGUUAUAAACUUUUCCCAGAACGCAA